GCCCACCACAAUGACUACUCAUAUGGCCACCUUCGCCGUGCCAUGGCCGUUGCCCUGCCAAAGCCCUGUGGCCUUGCCACAGGAGAGACCGGCGGAGACCCGCACGCCGGGCGCGACAUGGGGACGCGAAGCCCCGCAUGGCCGCUUCUGCUCACCUUUGGCAUGGUCUCUUGUCUUGGGAGUAUUCCUCCGUGCUCGGUCUCGGACCACACGCCUGGGCAAAACACGGUCUCGGUCCUCAGACUCCGAGGCUCCAGUGCCUCCACGGCUUACGCGCGGGUUGAAGGUACCCACCUGGGCUUCCCUGCUGAGCUUCGCCUGGGUUUCGCCCUUGAUGCGCCGGGGGAACCGGACGCCGCCCUUGGAGAUUGUGGAUUUGAGACCUGCACCGGCAGACAUGCGCGCAGCCGAGUUGGCCAUGGAGCUCAGUUCGAAACUCAUUGAGUACGGAGCGAAAGAGAAGGCGUGUAUCGAUCGGAAACUCCUCGGCAAGUCCCUCCUUUGGCUGCAUCGCUGGCGGCUUUGGAGAACGGGCAUUUUGCGCUUCCUCAACACGGCGGUUCAAUUCCUCCCUGCCUUGAUCUUGGGGCCCUUGCUCACUGCUAUUAAGCUGGGGGACUACAGUGGUGGGCGGAUUGCAGCCUUCCAACUCUUUGGGGUGCUCUGUUUGAAGACCUUUGUAGAGAACCAAUUCUUCUACCAAACAACCAUGAUGGCCACUCGCGUCCGCUCCAUGCUGCAAGCCGCGAUCUAUGAGAAGAGCUUGCGCUUGCGUGAAUCCGCGGCCAACGUGCCCCCAGUGACCUUGAUGCAGGUGGAUAGUGGGAAAGUCGAGGAGCUCACCUAUUCUCUCCACACCUUGUGGGAUGGAAUCUUCCAAGUGGUUGGAUACUCCGUGCUGCUUUGGUGGUACCUGGGGAUUGCGGGCUUUGCGGGGAUCGUCGUCUUGUUGAUCGGCCUGCCCUUCAAUGCCAGCCUGCAACGUGACCUCAGCAGCCUGAACAAGAAGUGCCUUCAAGCAAGUGAUGCCAGGGUCUCCAAGACCUCCGAGAUCUUGGGAGGAAUCCGCGCCUUGCGGCAGAUGGGCUGGGAGGACAUCUUCGAGCGCCGCGUGCGCGCCCUGCGGGAUGAAGAGCUGGGUGCUCAGCGGCGCCGGGACACGGUGGCGGCCUAUUUGCUCUCGUACUUCAGUGCUUUGCCACCCUUCAUGAUCGCCAUCGUCUUGUUAGUCUACAUUGCUGGAAUGCCGGGCGGCUUCAGUGCGGCGAUGAUUUUCACGGCCCUGUCCUUGUUGAACCAGAUCCGUUUCCCGUUGCUCUUUUACCCCAACGCGCUCAAUGCACUGGCCGAGGGUCGCGCUGCGCUCGCGCGGAUCGCGCAGUUCCUGGCGCUGGAGGAGGCAGCGCCCAUGAGGCCACCCAUGUCCGAGGACAAGGAGCUGCCAUUGCUUUUGAAGCCAGGCCGCUACCCCAUCGGUGCCACUCCGUCCGCGCCCUCGCUGGUGCUCUCGGAGCACUUGAGCGUGGCAGAGGGAGAGCUGGUCGCGGUGAUCGGACCGGUGGGCUCGGGGAAGUCCAGUUUGCUUCGAGCCUUUCUGGGCGAGCUGCCAGGUGACUUGAUGGCGCCACCCAAACAUGUGGCCUAUUGCUCACAGCAGCCUUGGGUACCUGAAGGCCGAAGCCUCUUGGAAGUUGUGGCAGGAGUCUGGGUGGAUGGCGAUGUGACCUUUCCAACCAAAGUGGAUGAGGCAGCCUUCUCCAAGGCACUGGCCGUUGCAGCGGUGGAUUUCGCGGAUGCCGAAGAUGAGGUAAGUGGAACUUCAUUAAGUGGCGGGCAACAAGCCCGCCUUGCAUUGGCCAGGGCAAUGUACAAAGCCCUGGUGCAGGAAGACGUUUGUGCAUGCGUGCUGGAUGAUGUAACAGCUGCCCUGGACCCUCAAGUCACCCUGGAAGUCAUCAACAAUUGCUUGGAUGGUCCCCUGAAGAACUACGCCACGCUGAUCGUGUCCAGCGACCCGGGCGCUUGGCUGCAGCGCUGCCACCGCGUCAUCGAAAUGAAAGCCGUGGACAACGAGCUGCGUGUGGACUUCGUGGGGAGCUACGAGCAGCUGGCGCAGACGGGGCGCGCUCAGGAUCUGGCACCGCAGGUGGAGAAGGAAGACAUGGAUGAGGAGACCUCACAGGAACAACCUAAGAAGCGAAAAGGACUGCAGGUCACCACGGACGAGGAAAGAGCCUUGGGAGCUGUGCCCCUACAGCUCUACAAACAUUAUUUUCGAAGCGCCCGAAGCCCAAUUCUUCUGGGUUCCGCUGUGAUCGCCGUGCUGGCGAGCUACGCUGCGACCAUUGUCCAACAGUGGUUCAUAGGUCUUUGGACUGCAGACACCACCAUGCAACGUGGCCUUGCCUACUACAUGUCGGGGGUGAUCUUCUGGGGUCUCGUGGCCUCUGCUUUGACCUUUGGCCGUGCCCUGCUAAUCGCCGCCUUCUCGCGCCGGGCCUCGCGCGCGGCGCACGAUGAGCUCUGCGACAAGGUCUUGGUGAAGGCUUCCACCAGCCACUUCGACAGGAAUCCUGCGAGCCGUUUGCUGCAGAAUUUCUCCAAAGACUUGGAGCAGAUCGACACCAGUCUGCCUGGCAGCCUGCGUUCGGCCUCCUCCAGCAUCUGCACUUUGGCCGGAGCGAUGUUCACCAUCAUCCUAGCCACGCCUGCCUUUGCAGUGCUGCUUCCUCCCUUGCUAUGGAUCUACAUGAGGUCCCUCCAAUACUACCGCCCCGUGGCCCGCGAGCUCAAGCGCCUAGAGCCCCUGGCGCGCUCGCCGGUCUACGCGGAGCAGUCGGCGGCCGCCAGCGGGGUCACCACCAUCCGCCAGCUGGGCCUGGGGAACGUCAUGGCGGCCAGGGCGCUUCACGCCAUCGAUGGCAACACUGCAGUGUCGUUCGCGGCGAAAGCCGUGGAUCGAUGGUUCUCGCUGCGGAUGGAGCUCCUGGGGAACCUCAUCGUCUUAGCCUCUGCGCUCGUCUGCCUGGCCGCGAGCGGCAGCGGUGCCUGGUCCGAGGCGCGCUCGGCCAUUGCGGUGACACAGGCGCUCUCGGUGUGCGGGCUGCUGAAUUGGACGGUGCGUACGAUCGCGCAGACAGAGACCAGCUUCACCUCUUGGCAGCGGGUGGCGGAUUCUUUGGAAAGUACCGAGCUGGAAGGCCAGCGGAGCUUGCCGGAGGACGCCCAUUUGCCAGCCAAGUGGCCCGUGAGCGGAACGAUCUCCUUUGAGGGAGUCUCCUUCCGCUAUCGAGAGAACCUUCCCUUGGUCCUGCGGAAGCUGCACUUAGAGCUCACUCCUGGGCAGCGCGUGGGCGUGGUGGGCCGCACCGGCAGUGGGAAAUCAACACUGCUGAGGAUCCUACUUCGAACGGUGGAGCCCACCGAGGGCACCGUCACCAUCGACGGGGUGAACAUCCAGCAAGUGGGCCUUGCACGGCUCAGAUCCUCUGUCACGGCCAUUCCGCAGGACAACUUCCUGGUGAGUGGCUCCAUUCGUGAGAACGUGGAUCCACGCAAUGACUACAGCGACGAGGAGGUGCAGCACGCUUUGGAGGCAGCGAGCCUUCAAGGUUGGAACCUCCAUCGACACAUCAAUGCGGCCCGGGACAUCUCCCCGGGGGAGAAGCAGCUCAUCGGUGUGGCACGGGCAGUGCUGCGGAAGAGCCGAGUGGUGGCGCUGGAUGAGGUCACCAGCCGCGUGGACAAGGCCACUGAUCAGAAGGUGCAGACAGCCCUCAAGCGGCUUCCGGAGGGGACAACGCUACGCGGAGUGAUUGAAGGGACACCAGCACUGGUGAUUUCUGGACAUUCAUGGGUGGGUGGAAGGGGAGCAGGUAGAGAGAGAAUGGAGAGAACAGCUGGAAGAAAACAUGUUGAAAGUACUCUACUAUCUAACCUGGAACCUUCUUCGAGAUUGACAUUUUGUGGGUUGCGUAGGAGGCCUACCUCAUGACACGGGCACAGAAGGACACUUGUCCACCACAAAAACAUGUCGCCCUUGACGCUGAGGUUGUUGGUGGUUUCCCAUCGAUUGGCAACACUGCAGGACUAUGACCUGGUGGUGGUCCUGGGGGAUGGGGAGGUGAUCGAAUUUGGGAAGCCAGAUGAGCUGGAAGCUGAUCCCAAUUCCAAUUUCGCCAGCAUGCUUGCGGCCGAGCGGGGUGGAGAAGUCUUCUAAAACAGAUGUUGCUUACUCCUCCGGACGGUGCUUCUUCCGGCGCGUUGGGACGGUGGAGAUGGUGGAGGGUCGGCAUUGUCCCGCAAGUGCCUUUUGACAUCCGGUCCUUUCUUGUGGGUGCUGAGACUUCUUGGUUGAUUAGGAUAACUUGACUGACAUAGCCACAACAAGACCUUCCUCCUCAAAGGAUCUUUGCUGCUCUGUGGCUGAAGUCUAUGGCCGAACAUGCAAAACUGUUGUUCUUUGGCCAUGAUUGGAUUGAACCUGUUGCUCGCGUCAGGUACGUCAUCCCAUCUCAUCCCUUUGUGUCGAGUGAGCACAAGAAGCUGGAGUGACACUGUCCAUUGUGUUUCGCCCAAAAGAGGAGUUGCCGAAGCUGAUGCAGCUUCAGAAUGUCCAGCGAGCAGUGAAUCGAGUGACCAAUCGAAGGGCUGUAAUCCUUUAAUUAAGCUAGAAUCACUGGCCCUGCAGCAGAAAGUUUCUUCAAGAAUCA